ACACACCGCUGUUUCCUUUUCCCAGGAACUGCUCCGUCCUCUUCCAGUAUGAACCUCCUCUCACUGAAACACUCCCAUUUCUGCAUUUUCUCUUUGGAAGCACAUUUCCACUCCACAUUUAACACUUAUUACAAGUCCACACUCCAUUCUGCUGUCUAAGAGCCUUUUUUCCGACCUGCGACACUUUAAAGAAGAGGAACACCUUCCCCGCAUAUCAUUUCUCAGUAACUAAUCACACCGGUGUAAGCCGUUGUGUGCUGUCGUGUAAUGGCCCGUGUGUGUGUGUGGUUUCUGGGUGCAGUGCUCUUAUUGCUGAUUGUGGAAAAACAGGAUGCACAUCCACUAGCUGCCCCAAAGAAUCUGCAAGUUUACGCCGAAGGUGGCUUGGAUAAUUUGGGUGUUUGGAAGAUGAAUAUUGAGUGGGAGGAUGGUUUCACCAACAGCAUCCAGCCAGACACAGUUACCUACGAUGUUAAUAUUUUCUAUAGUGAGACAGGGGAACUGGUUCAUAAUGAAAAAUUAGUACUGAAAGCAAAUCCAGCAGGCCAUUAUAAGUGGAGCUGGACUUCAACAUUACCACUGCAGUGUGCAUCACAUUCUGUCAAGCUGCGCUACAGAGACCGUGACCACACCAGUUCCUGGACACCUCCGCAAAUUUUAUCUGGUAAUGACACGGACACAACAUUGUAUCCUCAAAAUCAUGUUGCACUGGUUAAUGAGAGCAUCAGGUUUUGCUGUAUCCUGAAGCCAGGUCACAAUUACCAGUCCGGAAUCUCUGUUUUCACAAUUAAAAUCAGCAGCCGAACUUAUGCCACUGAGCCUAUCCGACAUCCUUAUCCAUCUCCUGAACAUGGUUUUGAGAUAAAGUGUGAGGAUGAGGGCUCUGUUUACUACAUUGGCUAUGCUCCUGAUGACCACAGCUUAACAUGUGAGACUCGAGAUCUCAGUUCUGUGGAGUGUCACUGGAAACAAGGGAAAAUUAAAAACCGUUCUGAAAUUUUCAAGCAAACAAACUACAUCAAUGAAAGGAAAUGUAAUAUAUCUGGGUUUUGUGUUCUGGACAACACCAUAGACACUGGUUUGGUGAACUGGACCCUCACUGCAAAAAAUAUCCUUGGCACGAAAAUAAUCUUUGACACAGCUGAUCCAAAACACAGAGUGCACCUGAAAGCACCAACACUCAAACCUGUCACUCAGUUGAAUGCAAGAAAUACAACUCUUGAGUGGAUUUGGAAUGGACUGAAUUAUGGUUCCUUUUCUAUGGUAUGCCAAGUGGAGGUCAAUGAACGCAUAAUUAAUGAAAGUUUUGAAGGUACAGGACUGAUCUCAGUGAUCUUGGAAGAUCUGCAGCCAUUUACUCAGUAUAAAGCUCGCGUACGGUGCGGCUCUCGUGAGCAUUUUUAUAAAUGGGGGGACUGGAGUAACCUCAUCACCUUUGUCACCAAAGAAGACAUUCCAGCAGCUGUAGAUGUAUGGAUGCAGGUUUUUAAUGAACAGACUUAUGUUGUGUGGAAGAAACUAAGUGCUGCUCAGAGCCAUGGGACCAUCACAGCUUAUAAACUGGUUAUGGAAAGCUCUACAAAUGGCAAAACAGAGCAUGUCACUAAAUCACCAAACGAGCUCUGCCAUAAGGUGCCAGCAGGCAGCUCAAAAACACCUCGUGUCUAUUCUGUGUCUGCUGAGAACUCUGCUGGUGUCUCUCAUCCCUCCAACAUCACCAUCCCCAAUCUGUCUCCAGGUGCUGGCGUAUUUACCAGGAAUAUUACAGGAAACAACGGCGCUUUUGAAUUAAUGUGGGAACUGAGCCCUAAGUCCAGAUGUGGCUAUGUGCUGGACUGGUAUCCAACUUACAAUGCACAACUGUGUUCUGUUCAGUGGAUAAAAAUUCCCUCCAGUGUUUUCAGUGCAAAAAUUUCCUCAGAUUUUAAAGAGGGAGUAAAAUACACUCUUUCAGUUUAUGCCUGUACUUCAGGAGCACCAUACUUACUGCAGAGGAGAGAAGGCUAUAUGGUAGAGCUGCCCCCAUCAGGAAAAGUUCAGAAUCUAACUGCUAUGCAGGAGGGCUUGAAUAUUUACCUCUCCUGGGGUAAUGUGAAAGAACAUGAGCAGAGAGGCUUUAUAAAGGGUUAUAAUGUGUCUUACAGUCACUCUGGAGGAGAUCAAGUGAAUGUUGUUAUAUCUGAUCCCAGUAUUCAAAAGUACAAGUUCCGUCUUCCUGUGGAAACCUACAUAUUCACAGUGAAAGCCUUCACAUCUGCAGGAGAAGGUCCUAGAUCUGAGACCACUGUAUCAAUGGAUCCUCAGGUUGACCUGGUGAUCAUUAAAGUUGCUUUUUUUCUGGCCGUGAUGUUAGUUUUACUUUGCAUAAUUUCACUCCUUUUCUACAGAAAUUGGAAAUGGGUAAAAUCAGUGCUGUGGCCUGAAGUCCCCAAGCCGACGGUUUCAGAUGACUUUUUUAAAAAGAAUAUUUAUCAAGGGCAAGUGAUCGAUCAUCUGUUGCAUGAAGAAAGUGAAGUAUUGAAAGUAAAAAGUCCGGAAAUCUGUCCUGCAAUCAUUGUACUUGAUCAACAGAAAGAACAUCAUGAAGCCCAGAAUCUCUACAGCACUCAAUCCAAAGACUCACUAUCAACCGACAUGUAUCAAACACCUAAUAGUAAUCCACAAACUCUACCUCUCAUUGUUGAUUUUUCUUACAAGGAGAUUCCAUGUCCCGGGAUUCCAAACCCAACAUACAACCUGCCUGUGACGCCUGCAGGUGAUAAUGAUUUAACACUGGGCUACAUGCCUCAGACACAGAAUGGCAGUAACUGAUAAUGGUCAGCCAUAUGAUGCUCACCUGUGCUCCUAUUUACAAGCUAACAUGUCUGGAAUGUAUUAUAAGACAAACUGAUUCCACUUCAGUCAGUUGGUCAGAGCUUUUAAAACUGAGAUUUUCAAAAUGUACUUUAUACCAGUAGACUUGAGUAUUAAAAUGGCGCUGUAUGCACUUAUAAUGUGACCACUGUAUUAUUGUACAUUUUUUUAUUGUAAUUGUAUAUAUGUUUCAGCAGUUAUCUUGACAGAAAUAUAUAUAUAUUCGAAAUAAACACAUUUUAUGUCUAA